CCUUGAUAAGCGCUAAGUUUGAAACUCUAGGUUUUCGAUGUCGGUCGGUAUUCCAAUCAAAGUUUUGCACGACGCCGAGGGACAUGUUGUCACCCUAGAAACUGUCAGUGGUGUGGUUUUCCGUGGAAAACUUGUUGAGGCUGAAGACAAUAUGAAUGUCCAUAUGUGUGACCUAAUCAUGACGGCUCGUGACGGACACACUUCAAAUAUGCAACAGGUUUAUAUUCGUGGCAGUAAAAUUCGUUUCCUCAUCCUUCCAGAUAUGUUGAAAAAUUCUCCUAUGCUGAAACGCCCACAAGGUGCAAAGGGGUUGGGUACGGGCAGAGGUAAAAACGCGAUGUUAAGAGCAGGUGUUCGCGGUCGUUCAACUUUCGUUCGUGGUCGUGUAACUCCUUCAAGAGGCACUGGGAGAACUACCGGCAGAUUUUAAUUCUAUACAAUGUGCCAGUGUUGACUUUAAAGUUGUAAAUUCAUCAAUAUAUUUUUACAUUUGA